AUUUUUAAAACGAUUAUUUCAAUCGUUUAAAUCAACAAACUACCACACCGAGCGAUGAACCGGCGCCGGAUUAUGACGUCACGGCGCUCAAUUGACGACAAGAAGAUGGAGGAGUACGCGCGUGAACCUUGCCCCUGGAGGAUCGUGGAUGACUGUGGGGGAGCUUUUACUAUGGGUGCAAUUGGCGGAGGGGUGUUCCAGGCAGUAAAGGGGUUUCGAAACGCCCCCGCUGGUGUUGCUCACAGGCUGAAAGGAAGCACAAACGCAGUGAGAAUAAGAGCGCCCCAGAUUGGAGGUAGUUUUGCUGUGUGGGGGGGACUCUUCUCCAUGAUCGACUGUGGUCUGGUCCGCCUGAGAGGGAAAGAAGACCCGUGGAAUUCAAUCACCAGCGGGGCCAUGACUGGAGCCAUUCUAGCAGCGCGCAGCGGGCCGUUGACCAUGGUGGGCUCCGCCAUGAUGGGGGGAAUAUUGCUCGCUCUCAUCGAGGGUUUUGGGAUCCUGUUGACCAGAUACACAGCACAGCAAUUUCAGAACCCAAUUCCCUUCACAGAUGACCCCAGCCAGCUUCCUCCAAAGAACGCGUAGCAGCAGAUUUCAACGUGUGCUGCAUCACUAGAACAGGCCAAGAGACGGAUGUGAGUCCAAAAGGCUUCAUGGUGGGAACACGACUGCUGCUAUCAGAUGAUCAGAGGAGGAAGAUCUCUGCAGUGAAUAUGUGAAGUUGCACUUUUGUUUGCUAACCUCAGGGAGAAUUUCCAUGUAAAUGUUUUAUGGAUAGACGUUUGUACGUGCUAUCCCAAACUGUAUGCAAUAUUAUCUUAUUUUACGUGUUCUUUCUGUGGUCUUUUGAGGGUAAAUGUGUAUACAAGAUGAAUUUACUUAUUUAUAGUAAAAGAAAAAUAUAUUUAAAAAAUAGCUCUGUUGAUAAAAAGGAAUCUGUUUGGUUCUGUUUGUUUAGUAAAGAUGCUCUGGAGCCAGCGGCUGUUUGCUUUUCAUGAAGACUAAAUCUUCCACAAAGUGUUUGGGUCUCUAAAGCUCAAUUAUUAACAAGCAGAAUCUUAGUUCUUUUAUUUAUGCACCAACUGCUGAUUUAUGAAGGAAAAUGUGCCGAGUUUGCACCAUCGUCUUUUUAAUCAGCGAAACACCAAAUUUGUCAUUCCUGAACACUCACCUUUAGUAAAUAUUUCAAGCUCCAGGAGGUUCAGCCGAUCCUCGUUCCAUUCUCUGCUGUCAGGUUUUUGCUCGUCAAUCAUUCCUCCAUGCUUGCAGUUAGGAUUCUUUAACUGAUAUGAUCAUUUUAUGAUUUCAUAAGUGACCCAAAUCUCAUCUCAGAGGUGGAGGCUUCAGUUAUUCCUGUCGGCUAUUUCUCACUUUAAUUGCUGAUGAAUUUCUAAAGUAGAUGAGC